UACAAAUUACAAAGUAAGAAUCUCGCGUGCCUUUUGGAAUCACCCUGCUGAAAUUUUGAUGCUGUUAAUUACCAAGCUAACAAGUACCGCUGCAUAACCGUUUUGUUCUUCACAUGGCGAUUUCCUGUUUUGGGAUCUGCUGCAAGUCAACCGUCUCAGAAGAUACUCACGAACACCCGCUUCAAUUGAUAACGAAUAGCAAAGCACCUUAUAAGUGUGAUGGGUGUAAAGAACUAGGGUAUGGAUCAUCUUACCGGUGUAUCGAAUUCGAAAAGAACUGUCGUCCUGGCUAUCAACUUCACAAGGAAUGCACUUCAGCUUUGGCCAACAGCGCCACCAUGCACUCAUUAUUCUUCAAGAAUGUCCACUUCAAAUUUCAUAAGCAACCCCCAGAACAUGUUGGAUCUUGUGUUGCAUGUGGGAAGGAUGUCCAAGGGUUCAGGUACCACUACUCUUCGCCUAAGAAGAAUGCAUUCCUAGGGUUUUUUCUUCCGAGCAAACAACUUGUCCUGCAUCCUUGUUGUUUCAGGCUCCCAAGUAACAGAACUAAUCAGGGGUUGAAUGCAAGUAAUGAAGGGGUUGUGAAUCUAGAGCUAAAGGAAAAGGCCGUAUCGAACUGCCUAAUUUGCCAAAGAAAGAAAAUCUCAAAAAAGAUUGAGGGCUGGGCCUAUGUCUCCACUUGUGGUGAAUACUGUUACCAUGUGAAAUGUGUGAAAGACUUGGUCGACAAGAGGUUGGAGCAACAAAUUGAUGGAACAAAUACAAGUACCUUACAAUUGGAAGUAAGGCAAAACGCCUUACAGGUUGGUACGGAAGUCAUAAAAGUGGUUCUAAAGCUCAUUAUUGAAGCAAUUUUCGGGGAUCCACUAUCUGCGAUUGUUACUUUUGUCCUAUAUUUUUUUACAGACAGAAUAGGUUAAUUAGGAAAAAAUAAUUAAUAAUAAUAAUAAUGUGCCACUGGAAGCCUCAAUCUGGAUCUUUUGAUCAUACCAUCGUUAUAUUUUCUUAUGUAAGAGGAUAUAUAAUCCAUGGUGAGAAUUAUGUAUGCAUGAAUAUCUGUUAUAAUUUGUGUGUACCAAUCUGAUCAUCUUUACAUAGAUGAACUUGAUGAAGUAUUUUGGCAAUACCUUGGGUAGAGUACUCUUCCGUUGGUGAUCUCUGUCUUGUCCCCAUCAAGCUUAACAAAAGUACAUCAAUGUGAUAUCAUAAAUGAAUAUUAAUUUGAACAGUCAAA